AUUAUAACCCUCGCCAAAACAAUCAUCACCGUAAUCGUGCAGCAAUACUCAAUUCGCCGUCAACAAACACAACAAAACAAUGCCUGGAGCAGCAGCCAACACCGGAAAGUCCGUCCUGAAGCAGGGUGCGAAACGUGAUCCCGAACUUUAUAUCCUCCUCGCCGUAAUGUCCGGUGCUUUUGGACUUGCGGGUUUUUACUUCGGACGGAAGCCUACCUCGGCAACAUCCGAAGAAGGCCGUAUCAAUGUUGCCAAGGAUGGAAUGCCAUGGCAUAAUGAGUCGACCGAGACUUCUGCUAGGGAUCACUUCAAGUAUAAGUACCAUCCCGGUGGAGACGCCAGGAACCCGCCCAAGGAUGCCCCAAGCGCUUUGCACUCUGUUGUCAUUCCCAGCGUCAACUUGCCAAAGGAACUUCACGAUAAGUACAACAAGUGGGGCAAGGACGGAUACUAAACCAUUAUAUCACUCCGGCAUGAGCUGCUAGUCCUUGCUAGUGGCGUAUUUUUUUUCUCUCUUGUAUACCAAAAUUGGUGCGUGGGAUUGUAUAGAGUAGUCGGGGGGGGCUUCUUAUUUCCUUGUUUUAUUAGUUUCCUCUUGGUUCAAUCGGACCGGGGAUGGGACCGAUCAGUUGAAAAUGCCGAGCAGGAUUGGGGUGGCUGGCUUUAAAUGCAUCCCCUGUUUCCAGAUAAUCUGGCUUGUGUGGUAUUUGUGAGAGAUAAAGGGUUCUCUCGAUAGGCUAUGGCAUCGCACAAAUCAUUGG